UUUCUUUCCUGGUCUCUGCGCGGAUUUUGCUCCGACUGUUGAAGGAUGCGCCUCCAAUAGCUAUAAUGGUCAAGGCAUGGCUUGCGAUAUGGGCGUGGCGGAAACUGGAUCGUCACCUCCGCAACAAGCACGGGUUGGGUUUGGUCGAUCUGGUGAGGAAUUCUUUUGACGGAGCUGAGAGGAGCUUGAUUCCGCUGUUGCAGGAGUAUCCCAUCAUACUUCCCGCGUUGCUUGCGUUAUGGGCUUGGCAGGCGCUGGGCUUGGGCUCUUUCUUCUGUAUGCUUGUUGUUGUCUUCCUUUUACGUUCUUGAUCCAUUCUCUGUCUUUGGUUUUUUUUUUGUUUCUCCCAUUCCAUCUUAAGAGACAAGGUAACUGUG